AGCAAAUGGCUCUUGUGCUUUUAAGCUGAUACCAGUUUUGGCAAUGGUGAUAUGGAUGUUCUCCACUUCACCGUUAUACAGUACUGGGUCUUGAUAAUAUGGAUUGCCUGUUCUUUGCUGUUUUUCUCAUUUUUCAGGCAUUUGUCCUCGUGAGAUCCAGCGCCACCGUGGAGUUCAAGUUCCAGCGUUGGAGUAACCCAGAUCACUCGGGGUUGGCCGGCGACUGCUGUGAUCCCGGAUGGAACUGUGGAUCUUGCGACAACUAUUUCAUCGUCUGUCUUGACGAUCUUCCCGGAUCUGGUGAUUUCAAUGACUGUGGAAUCAAAUCAACAAGGACUGAUGUAGUAUUUGAUGACAACGAUGAGUUUGAUUUUCCAUCAACGAUACCCAACAAUAUUGCGAAUCCCCAGACAAUAAGGGUCGCUAGCUGGGAGGGAGGAAUGCGAGUCAAGCUCCAAGUCUGGGAUAAAGACAGCAACAGCGACAGUAAAAUCGAAGAAACCUUCGAGGAUAUCGCCCAAAACUCCUCCGCUGCACAGUCUAGUGCCCAAUGGGUGACAUACACAAUGGGAACACACUCACAUUUCUUUUUCCAAGUGAGGGUGUACUGCAAUGCUAACUACUAUACUUCAGACUGCAGUGAGUAUUGCGUCCCUACGGAUGACCAGAACGGCCAUUAUACCUGCGACACGAUCACAGGGGCUAAGAUAUGUCUCGAUGGCUGGGAAGGCGUUUUGUGUAAUCAAGUCAUUGAGGUUCUUACGUCAACCACAGCACUAGCUCCAAACAGCACAGUGCUGAGGACAAUGAAAACGUGGGCACCCACAGCGUUAGCACUAAAGAGCACAGUGUUUGGGACAUGGAGCACGCAGGCAGCAUUUGUUGUUACUACUCAGAUAAGCCUCACAGAGAAUUUUAGCUGGGCAUCCAACCACUGGUAUAUCUUCCCAGUGUUAUUUCUGGUGACAGUUGUAGUAGUGACCGGUGGUCUCAUUAUCAGAUUUAAAAGGAAUAAAAAGAGUUCCGUUGUAGGUCGUGGUGAAUCUGACAAAACGCAAAUACAAGUCGAUGCUGACGAUGCGACCUGCCUCCGCUCUGCAUACAAGGUUGGCAACCAGGCGGUAACUGACGAACACGAUAGUUCAGUGUUCUGCGAGGUUGACUCGGAAGUUCAUGCCGUUGCUUAUCGGGUUAAAAGUGACGGUGUUCCCGUUUCAGUCGACGCAGUGUACGAGGUGUGCCCUCCGGAGGGCGGGGACGAGCCCGUGUAUGAGAUGACUUUAUGAACAGCAAAACCGCAGUCGUGCUUGUUAUUAAUAAUGGCAUACAUCCAGGGCCUUGUUCAAAAUUUGCCAAGUUUGGGAAAGGAUUUAAUAGCAUCUUUCACUUGUCAAUUGAAAUAAGCGGAGAGUUUGGUAUUCGCAUUAUCACUUGAUGUCGAGGAUGUAAAUAAAAUAUCAAUAGGUUGGUCGAAUGAAUUUCGCCUAACUGCCGUUUCAAGCGCUCUAAAUACUGUUGAUGACAUGUAUACAUGUAUGUCGGACAAGUUAUGUUCCACUUUCUUUUUAAUCGAAUAGUAACUCUUGUGUCCAAACUGACAAAGUCCAAAUGUUUGCCUCAUUUAUAAACCUUUUAUUUUAGUGCUGCUCAAAUCAGUGGUUUUAUUUUUGUAUCUGUGCGUUUAUACACGAAAUCCUUGUCCUGGUGAACACCACAUCAAACCAUUCGAAAUUUUCGAGACGGUUAAAAAAUUUUGAUGUAGCGAAGCGUUCAGUCACUGAGAUUGCCUUGAUCUUCGAUUAGGACAGAUAGGCCUCAAAACACUCAUUAGCAGUUUUAAAGCGUAUCGAAACUAGUGGAACAAAUGCUUGUUCGAAUGUUAGUCAUUCUUGCCGUAAUGACAAACAUCAAAAAUAAUAGAAAGGCUACUUAUAAAGAGUACUGGCACAUGAGUAAUAUUUCAUUGCGUGGAUGUCUUCAUGCAGUUGACCUAAAAGAGACUGCGGGGAAAUACACAGCACUUGAACCACUACUUCAGAGAGUGCGUAUAAGUGUGGGAAAUAAAACUUCGCCAAGCUUUAGUAAACAUCUUGGUUUAUCAUUUAAUUAUUUACAACACUGAAAAGGUUGUAAACCUGUCAAAGCACAUCAAUAGUUCCAACAGGAUUAAUUUGGAACUUUUUUUAAUUCUAAUUAAUUACACGAUCCUGCGUCCAUUUUUACCCGAAUAUCUUUUUUUUUUGAGAUUUGUAGUCUUUAUAUUAGUGAAAAUGUGAUAAACAUGGAGGGGUGUUCAUUUGGGCGUGCCGUUUGGGUUAAGGGUUGCUCGUAAUUAUGUGUUGGUCUAUAUUUUUUAUUUUCUUUGUUGUGCUCUGUGGGACUUGUUAUCUUAACGAGUGGACAUUGGCAACUGGUAUUAAAGGACGAUGUAUAGAUAGUUUUAUCUAAUAUUUUAUACAAUUUUUAUAUGAAAUGGAUACUACUGCUUUGGUAUAAAUGUACACUGUAUAGAGAACACGUUUACAUUUUACCCUAGCGUGCAUCCUCUCUUUGUGCUUAAAAUGAAAAAAUGAAAUAGGAACAAACUUUUUGCAAGUCAACUUUUCGAUGUGUUACAGCAAACUGACCGUGUUUAGUUACAGAGAACGUUAGCUGCCCUGGCAUCGAUGUGGUAUAGGUCUUUUUGCGACUGCAGUCUGCUGAAUGGAACUUAGGUAGUCCUUUUCUCCUUACCUGUGCCUGAUCGGUUUGAUGAAAUUAUCGCUGUUUGCAGCUCAUCCACUGGUCUGCAACUUAAACGGCUGUCGUACCUGAAAACAUUCUCACUGCAAAGAGUGAGGUGUUUAAUUAAGAAACAUCCAAUUAAACUUCAUUUUCUGGCCUUUCAUUCUCGACUUACAUUACUUCUUUUGCUUGGUUCGACGAUGACUUUACUUUUUGAGAAAUUUUCAUCUGAAGACGUUCGGCCCUUAAUGCCCACACUCCGUUGCAAAAUUGAGCUAUUUGUAGGACCCUGUUCUGCCCGAGUUUCAAAAGAGAGAUAGCAGCCGAGUUCUGAAAUCUUAUGUUUCCGUGAUUUAUUAAUAAGACGUGGCACAGCUUUAUGGGGAAAAUAAAAUGAUAGUGCUAAGUUUGACGCCAUGGUUUGGCCUUGCUGCUAACAUCGACAAAAAUUAAUAGGUUUGAAUUUCCGUGGAAUUAUUCCUUAUCUUUACCAACGUUACUUCACAUGUAAAUAGCUUUA